AUGAAGAUUUUUCGAUAUUUGAAUGACGAUGACUCUGCGGUCUAUAUGUGGAUGGGCCCAAAGAGAGAGAGAGGGCAAUUGAACCCCACAGUCACGAAAAAAUCCGAACAGACAAAGAAAUGUCAGACCAACAAAGUCAAGCCUCACGCAGCCCACCCCACUCCUUUCGAGACGGGGUUCAAUAGUGAUGCUCCGGCUUAA